UAGUUAGCCAACUUCGCCAAGGUGUUGUAAAUAAUAAACCAACUGGUGAUUCGUUAUGAUUUUACUGUUAUCGUUAACAUUAUCAAUUGAAUAAUUGUAAAACAUUUUUCCAUUGCUGUAUCAGUUAUCUGGCAGCUAUGUCGUGUUCGUUUUCUCUAAUAUGCCCCGCCGUUUUCGUGGUCUGAGGAGGAUUCUAAAAAUGCCUCUCACUGAGGCUGGGGAUCAAUAUUCUGUGUGGGUGGGGUUGAUUUACAUCUUUAAUUUAAUUGUGGGCACAGGAGCCCUAACGUUGCCAGCAGCUUUCGCCCGUGCAGGAUGGGGUCUCAGCACCAUUUCGCUGGUGUUCCUUGCGUUCAUGAGUUAUUUAAACGUAACUUAUGUCAUCGAGACUAUGGCUUGUGCCAAUGCAGUAUUCAAAUGGAAAAGACUGCAGGCAAUAAAGAGAGAGAGUAUCCAAGACCACGACUCGGAUGAUGAGGCAACCACGUCACAGCACCAAGGCGACCUGGAGGAGCCCCUGGUGUGCGGGGAAUCCAUACCCUCUCGGUAUUACAGCCUCGACCGUCGCGUGGAACUCGGAGAAAUGGCCAACCUGUUUUUCAAUAAGACAGGGAGGAUCAUGUUCUACUGCACUCUCUGCGUGUAUUUGUACGGGGAUCUGUCCAUAUACUCCGCAGCCGUGGCCAAGUCUAUAAUGGACGUGGUGUGCUCCUCAGUGCCUUCCAACAUGACGGAUCCAAGCGAAUGGGACGAGCUGUCAUGUUUCAACGCCACGUCACACCUGCAGCCGUACUCCCGGCUAGAAGUGUACCGGAUAGCGCUGCUGACGUUUGUGGGCGCUAUGGGGCCUUUUGUCUUCUUCAACGUACAGAAGACCAAGUAUCUACAGCUGUUUACCUCGGGCAUGAGGUGGUUAGCGUUCGCGAUAAUGAUCUCAAUGGCGAUUCAUCUGCUCAUCGGGCGAGGGCCUCAAGGCCACCCGCCGGCCUUUGACGUCACGGGCAUGCCGACCCUAUUCGGGGCUUGCGUCUACUCCUUCAUGUGCCACCAUUCCCUCCCCGGCCUCGUCAGCCCUAUCCGGGGCAAGAACCAACUCGGCCUCCAUCUCGCUCUGGACUACGCACUUAUUAGCGUUUUCUAUCUCCUUCUAGCAUUCACCGGAGCCUUCGCUUUCGCACGGCUUAACGACCUCUACACACUCAAUUUUGUCCCAAAAGACAACGAGAACAUAUUCCUAGAAAUCGUCGAGUACUUCUUAGCUCUCUUCCCAGUCUUCACCUUAUCGACCAGCUUCCCAAUCAUAGCUAUCACUUUAAGAAACAACCUGCAAAGUCUUUUCCUAGAUACCACGAGGUUGGAGUCGUACAACUUCGUGCUGAGGAAGCUACUCUUUCCAAUCGUCACGGUGACUCCUCCGUUGCUGCUAACGUAUUUUUUAGAAGACAUAAGCAUUCUCAUUGAGUUUACGGGGUCAUACGCAGGCACCGGGAUACAGUAUCUGAUCCCAACGUUUCUAGUGAUAUCCGCUAGGCGGCACUGUAUCAAUUUACUAGGGCUAGGAGUGGUGAACAAGUAUAAGAGUCCCUUCUCUAACGUCGCAUGGGCAGUGUUUGUGCUACUGUGGUCUUUCGUCUGCAUAAUAUUAGUCUCUGUCAAUAUGUUCCAAAAGAAAUCAUGACAGUAAUGCUAUAAAAGCCUGGCGCAAUAUAAAGUUUCAUAAAUGAUAUGUCCGUACGGUAUGAUAAGACCGAAUGAGUAAACAUAUUAUAUCGCUAUUGAUAGACGAAAAUGGUGCUCCACCGGUCCUAUUAGCAUUUUAAUUAUCUAAUUUGCGUUGAAAUAAUGAGAUAACGAACUAGGAUUUGUAUUUUUGAUCGAUUUGUGAAAACAAGUCAAUUUGUCCUUGUCGGUUUGUAUGUCAGUAAUAAAUUAUCAAGUCGGUUUUGUUAUCGAUGCCGGCGUCUGUCCCUAGGACGAAGUUACUUGACCGGGUGUUUUCUGUUCAUUUAAGGCUUGGGAAAGCUGAAAUAAAAUGAUAUUACUGGUCCUUAUAUUAAAAUAAAAAGGUAUAAUAGUAGACAGUUCCUAGCUUGAGUUUAUAGUAUCAACGUUAGGUACUAGUUGGUUACAUUUUAAUAUAGGAACGAGUCUUGAAAAAGUUCUCGGAUAUUGAAGCUAUCUAUUGAAACAUGUCAUUAUUUAUAAUUUAGGUGUAUUUAUUAAAUUCAAGUACUCUCUAAAUUUGGCUACAGUUGCGUAGUCGUAUUCUCUACCUACGCCAUGACGGUGUCAUAGUGAUUUUAUUUACAUUUCUUUCAUUUACUGGAACGGCUGAACAAACAUGCAGGUUGUUUAAUUUUUUAUUUUAGUAGUAACUAUUUUAAAGUAUUUUGAAAUUGAAUUAUUUAACACGCACAAGUAAGAUGCAUGUCUUCCUAAGUGUAGUUUAGAUUUUAUUACCUAUUAAUAAUUAUAUACGAAUUAGGGGUAUCGUAUUUAAAAAAUAUGGAGCAGUAAGGCCCGUAUUAUGAAAUAAUUAGAUUCAAACUCAAGAAAAAAUCCUGCCCAGUCUAUCGAUUGAUUUACUAUUGAAAUUCAGUCAUUCAUAAAAGUAUGUGCUUGAGAGAAUCGAAUUUUGAACAUCGUUUCUUAAUGCGGGUGAAAAUGCUUUAAAUCCAACAUCACUGUCAAGUUGGGUUAAACUCAAAAGUAUUCACGAUUUGAAAGGCCAAAUUAGAAAUAGUAAAACUUGAUCCAAUUUCUAAACAAAAUUAAGUGUAGGUAUUACGCAGCUGUAUUUUUUAUUUUUUAAGUUAUUUUAAGAUUAUUUACUGCUGUAUUUUGUAAAUCGAGCAAUAUUUUUAUUCAACUAAGGGCUGAUUUUUCAAUCGUCGGAUAACUUUUAACUAAAGAAUAAGUUUGGCACUCUGAUAGUUUUAUUAUGGGAAAUAUGUCAAAAUGACAAGGUUAUUCUUCAGUUAUAGAUGAACCACGCUGAACUGUCCCGCCAAACUCAAUGACAGGGGGGCGCUACCAUCGUUCAACUAUACAGGGUGGAAACGAUAAGUGAUCUCACUCGAUUAUUUCUAAACUAUACAAGAUAUCGAUAAACUGAUUACUGAUCCUGAAAGUGCUUCACGAGCUCUUUUAAACGAUAUCAGUAAUAGGUUACAGAAUUAACUGGAUCUAUACGUAAAUUCAAUGUUUUCAGCCUCCAUACUAAAUGUAUGCCACUAUGCCAACCACACAAUAUUAGAAGUGUAUUUUUAUUUUAUUUUAAAUAAUAAACACCUAAAAUUAACUUGUAAAUUGCAUUCUUAUUUGAAAUUAUUCAUGGAAAACAUUGGUUUUAGGCUUUACUUGCUAACAUGUUAUCAAGACACGAGUACCAUGACUGUGGCAGUAUUAAAUGUAUGGAAGCUGGAAACAUCGAAUUUUCGGAUAGAUCCAGUUUAUUUUAUAACUUAUUAUUGGUACCGUUGGAUACAGCUCGUGAAGCACUUCCAGGAUCAGUAACCAGUUUUUGUAUAACUUGUAUAGUUUUUAAUAAUAUGUGGUUUUACUAAAUGUAUGGAGGCCUGAAACAUUGAAUUUUCAGAUAGAUCCAGUUUAUUUUGUAACCUAUUAUUGGUAUUGUUGGAUAGAGCUCGUGAAGCACUUUCAGGAACAGUAACCAGUUUUUGGAUAAAAUAUCUUGUAUAGUUUAGAAAUAAUCGAGUGAGAUCACUUAUCGUUUCCACCCUGUAUGGUUUCCAUGAAGCUACAGAUAAAAAUGGAGGCCACACUCCAAAUACCUACUUGAAGCACAAACUAAGUAUCACUAUCUCGCUCUCUGUGGGCAGACUCGCUCUUUCUAAAUAAACAAAAAAUAUAAAAUUGCUCAAAUUCAAUGAAACCAAUGUAAAAUCUUUAUUUCUUGACAUAGGUAUCAUUAAAAAUGAUAAGUGUAAUUACUGGUAAAACGUUUUAGGAAGAAAUUACUGUAUAAAAUGUGAAAAAUGUUUACAAUGAUCCAAUGUCGGAAAUCACGAAAUAAACACUUACGCGUGGAAUCUUAUGUCACUUCCAGGACACCACGUACUACCGCAACCACGCACUACAAAAUUUUGCACCAAUUCUUGUGAUAAAACAAUGAUUAUUUCCUGUAAACAAUCUCAAACGAAAUUAACUGCUUAAUAAACAAAAUAGUAAACAACCGCCAUGAUGGGCCGGAUUGGGCCGAUGUUGCCACAUGGUACCGAUUACCCAGGAAUUGGGAUUGUAAUUCCCUGAUUCGCCAACACAUUAAGCCUAAAUGGCCGACAAUUUUGUGAUUUUUUAUUUAACUAGGUAAUCUUAGUUUCAAAUAUUAAUUAUUUAUUUGUUUAACUUCUGAUUUGGUUAGUGAAUUGGCUAUUUCGAAGAAUUUACAAGGAGAUUUAAAUCAGAAGAUAGCAAUACUACAGUUCACACUAAAAAGAGAGGUAGGGCCGCAGAGAGCGAGAUAGAUAUAAGUAGGUAUUUGACUCAAGUUUUUUUUCCAACUCUGCCCUCCAUUUUUAUCUUUAGCUUCAUGAUGGUUUCCAACAUGGCAAAAAUCUGAACCAGCGAUCCGGUAUUGACGGUGGCGCCCCACUGUCAAUGUCAUCGACAGGACAGUCCAGUAUUUUGGAACUAUAAAAGAUAUCUGACGAUUGAAAAAUCAGCCCUAAAAUGGUAUGAACCAAAACCACGCCAAAACAGUGAAAUGCAUUUUUUUUUAAAUAUUUUAACUUACAUAUUGUUCUAGAAUUGAUUUAAAACUUGCAUUGUAAUAUAUCAUUUGAAAUUUUAAAUAUAAAAUAUUCCACUCUUGCCAGUGAUAUCUAUCUAGAUUUUAUCUUAUGUAAAUGGUCAUAUUACUUGAAAAACGAUAUAAAAAUAUGUAUUUAUAUUUUUGAUAAAUAUGCGUUAGCCCAACAAACAUUAAAAUAGACAAUAUUUAAAAGGUAUAGUAAAACAAAUGUCUGGCUCAUUUACUAUUAUUAGUGAGAAAAAGAUAAUAAAUAUUAUAAUGUGAUACAUAGUGAAGAUAAUUCAUUUUUUUCUAAACAAAUUUUUAUAAUCACUUAAAAAAUCUGUCAAUAUUAAUUUUACUGUGAUAGCGUAAACCAUUUCAUUUAAGUUAUAAAUGACUGAACAUAUUUUUAAAUAAAACAGUGUGUAUUUUUUGUAAUCGAAUAAAUAUUUUAUUUUGAGCGUUUCA